AUGCAAUCCUACACAAAUAUAAACGUACCCGACAAGAAAUCAAUGAACGAUUUUAUUAACGCACCCGCCAGCUACGCUAAAAUGGAUCCGAACGGAAUUAAAAAUAAUUUCGAUUUGAAACACGCAGUCUCCAACUCGAGAGUUGAUCCGACACAUAUCAACCUGCACUUAUCCCUAGUGACAACCUGGGAAUCCUUUCAAUCCGCCACAACGUCCCAUGGCCUCCCACAGUUUGGCAGAGCUAAAGGCGACAAAUAUAUGGACUUUGCAGUGAAUGUAGCAGUUCAGUUGAACAACAACAAAAGCAUGGUGUUCCCGGCGGUGACCAUCUGCAACAACAACGCAAUCAAAUUGUCUUCUUUCAAAAACGACAAACCCAUGAUGAGAAUGAUGACUUCAUACUCUAACCAAUUUCAAAGUUCUUCUUGCAACGGAGGCCCUGGACCGAAUCCAGACGGCAGUGGUGCCAUACCCCUUACAAACCCUCCUUCUUCGAACAACAACUUUUCAACCUCCCCUAAAAGUUUAAUGUCAACUACACUAUCUCCUAUUAAUAACAAUCCUAGCGGCCCAACAGCGAGUGGUAGUGGUGGUGGUGGUACACCGAGUGGUGGUGGUGGUAACCCAGCCGGUGGUGGCACGCCUAAUGUUGGCACGAGCAUCAAUCCAGUCAGCAACGCCUCUGCCAGUCCAAAUAGUUCAUCAACUGCGUCAAACACAACUAAUGUUUUUCAAAAUUCGACAACUAACACUAACACUACGACCCUACCAAUGGGUUAG